CAUGGCGACAGCCAGCUGGUCGGCAGCCGUCAGGGUGAGGCGUCUUUCUCAGGGACACCUCGACACUCAGCUAGACGGAGUCGGGGAUUCAACCAGCAACCUUUCGGUUAAAAGUCAACCCGCUCAACUCCUGAGCCAAUGCCGCUUCGGGACUGUCUGGGCUCCUUGCUGGCGUCAUGAUAUUAGGAGAAGAGACACCGACUGAUGCGAGAGGACUUUUCCCCCAUCAUCCAGUAGGAGAAUUUGGAUCACCCAGUAGGAGUGGUGGAGCAUCCAGUAGGAGGUUUGGCCUUCAGAGAUUCCUCUCCACGGGCACGCGCAGGGUCGCGCGCCCCAGGAUCCGAGCGCGUGGGCUCCGAGAGGAGCGAGCAGAGAGUACGCAGGCAGACCUGGUACAAAGAGGACCUCCUGGUACAAAGAGCUCCCAAGGAAGGACUGGUCACUCUCCCGGACCUGGUACUAAGAGUUCACAAGGACUGGUCUCUCUCCUGGACUAUUUAGGACUCUGCUGAAGCUGGUUUUGUAGGAGCGUUAUCAUCUCCUUCCGACGGAAGGAUAGUGAAGACCGAGUGCAGAUCGAGUGGAGACCGAGUGAAGACCGGGGCGGCUGGCUGCAGACUGAGAAUGGCUCUGAACGUGUGGGGCAUCGUGGCCGUGGUGGUCUUCUACGUCCUCAUCCUGGCCAUUGGAGUCUGGGCCUCCAAGAAGUCCAAGAAGGAAGAGAAGAAAUGUGCCGGCAGCAAGUGCGAGGUCACCAUGAUCGGGGGCCGGAACAUCCACCUGCUGGUCGGCAUCUUCACCAUGACCGCCACCUGGGUGGGGGGCGGCUACAUCAUGGGCACCGCCGAGGCCGUGUACUCCCCGUCCCAAGGCCUCCUGUGGGCCACGGGCCCGCUGGCCUACCUCCUCACAUUCUUCCUGGGGGGUCUGUUCUUCGCCAAGCCAAUGAGGGCCCAACGCUACGUGACCAUGAUGGAUCCCUUCCAGCGGCGCUAUGGCAACGCUUUCACCACCGCCCUUCUGGUCCCGGCGCUCCUGGGUGACGUGCUCUGGGUGGCCUGCAUCCUGGCGGCCCUGGGCGGGACGAUGAGCCUGAUCCUGGAGCUGUCGUCCUACUACUCCAUCGUGCUGUCGGCAGCAGUAGCCGUCACCUACACCCUGCUGGGCGGCCUCUACUCCGUGGCCUACACCGACGUCAUCCAGCUGUUCUUCAUCUUCCUCAGCCUGUGGCUGUGUGUUCCCUUCAUCCUCCUCAACCCGACCUCUUCUGAUGUCACACACACAGCUCAACCAAUGACAGCCUGGCUCAACCAAUCACAGCAGGUGCCCUGGAUGGGCGAGUUGAAGCUAGAGGAUGCUGGGAAAUGGCUGGAUGAACUCCUCUUAUUGGCUCUGGGGGGGCUGUCCUACCAGGCCCUGUACCAGCGGAUCCUGUCGGCCGCCUCCCCGUUGCAGGCCCAGGUCACAUGCUUCCUGGCUGCCGGCCUGGUCCUGGUGCUGGCCGUGCCGUCCAUCAUCAUAGGAGCAGUCGCUUCCACUACGGACUGGAACCAGACGGCCUACGGCCUGCCCUCUCCGUUUGACCGCGGCGAGGCGGGGAACGUGCUGCCCAUCGCCCUGCACUACCUCACCCCGUCCUGGGUGUCGGUGGUGGGCAUCGGGGGGCUGGCCGCCGCCGUCAUGUCGUCCAUGGACUCGGUGCUGCUCUCCUCAGCCUCCAUGUUCGCCCGCAACAUCUACAAGAACUCGCUGAGAGUCGAGGCGUCAGACAGAGAGUGCCUGUGGGUGAUCCGUGUGUCGGUGCUGUUGGUGGGGCUGGCGGGCAUGGGCCUGGCCUUCAUGGAGAGCAGCGUUCUGGCGCUGUGGCUGGUCAGCGGGGACCUGAUCUACGUCACCAUCUUCCCCCAGCUCAUCUGCGUGCUGCACUGCCCGCGGGCCAACGGCUACGGGGCGCUGACCGGGCUGGUCCUGAGCACCGCCCUGCGGGGGCUGAGCGGGGAACCCCUCCUCCACCUCCCCCCCGUGCUGCUGUUCCCCGGCUGGCGGCGGGACCCCCUCAGCGGCGCUGUCAGCCAGUACUUCCCCUUCCGGACGGCCAUCAUGCUGCUGGCCAUGCUGUCCAUCCCGGCCGUCUCGCUGCUGGCCCUGGGGGCCUUCAGGCUCCGCCUACUGCCGGCCUCCUGGGACCUGAUGGGGGCCCUGCAGGGGGGCGGGGCCGAGGAGGGGGAGGACGGGGAGGAGCGGGAGGCCAGGGCGGUCCCCCCCGCCAAGGAGAACCUGCUGGCUCUCUCCGGCCCCCCCCCCCCCGCGCUGGCUGAGAGCUGCUGAUUGGUCGGUAGUGGGAGGUCGUCCGUGGGCUCGUUUUGUACUCGUUCCUCUUCUACUCUCUAAUUUGUCGCUGCUUAUGUCGUGGGCCUGAAGCUUUGCUUAGUCUGAUGUCUCCUUCGGGACUUCCCCAUUCCUGGUGCUAGACUCCAGCUCUCGUGUGGAGUUAUACGGGAUCGCUGAUCCCCAGGUUGUCAGAUGGGUGCCUUUUGUUCUCGUGGAUGUUGUUAGUUCUGCAUGAUGGUUUAACCGCCCUGUUGGUCAGGUCAACGAUAUUCAACAAAUCAAAGCAACUGAAACAUCUCGCUGUUUAGCAAACGUAUUUUUCGUUAUUUUCUUUGUCUCAUCAUUAUGCAACAUUAUCACCUGGUCACCGCUUCAGAUGUCGACACUUUCGUCCCAAAUGUAAAAAGAAGGCCCUAACAGACUAACCUCUCCUCUGAGACCCCCUCUGAGACCCCCUCUGAGACCCCCACUAACAGACCAACCUCUCCUCUGAGACCCCCUCUGAGACCCCCACUAACAGACCAACCUCUCCUCUGAGACCCCCUCUGAGACCCCCUCUGAGACCCCCACUAACAGACCAACCUCUCCUCUGAGACCCCCUCUGAGACCUCCUCUGAGACCCCCACUAACAGACCAACCUCUCCUCUGAGACCCCCACUAACAGACUAACCUCUCCUCUGAGACCCCCUCUGAGACCCCCACUAACAGACCAACCUCUCCUGAGGGUGAGUUAGGGACCCAACCAAAGAGGAGAAGACCCUCAUUAACAGACCCUCUGAGGAUGGGUGAGGGACCGGGCCAAAGAGUUCUGAGGACCCCUCGGAACCCGACCACAGUGUAGACUGAACUGAGGAGCUCCCAGGAGGUCGAGAUCUAGAGGGGUCUGUGAAGAUGGACUGAAGAGGAGGUCGAGAUCUAGAGGGGUCUGUGGAGAUGGACUGAAGAGGAGGUCGAGAUCUAGAGGGGUCUGUGGAGAUGGACUGAAGAGGAGGUCGAGAUCUAGAGGGGUCUGUGGAGAUGGACUGAAGAGGAGGUCGAGAUCUAGAGGGGUCUGUGGAGAUGGACUGAAGUGUUCCUAACUCAGCGUUAAUGUAAUAUUAUUCAGCAUUUUAUUUUGUGUUCAAAUACUUUAAGACUUUAAGCUCACCAUUAACUAUGCAGAUAGUUAGUAGAACCAGGUCAAAUGGGUUGAUCUGGGGUGAGUGGAUCUGGGGUUAGUUGAUCUGGGGUUAGUGAGGCUAGUGGAUCUGGGGUUAGUGAGGUUAGUGGAUCUGGGGUUAGUUAAUCUUGGGUAGGUGGAUCUGUGCCGUGUUCCAAUACCCGUACUUCCAUGAGUAUACUUAAAGGAAGUACACUAUCUGCACUAUCCGUACUCACUUGAGUACGGUAAUUUGUCAGAUGUGAGUGCUGUUCCAAAUCGAGUACUCCGUGGUGCACUUACCGGAAAUUACGAUCACGACUGCCGCCGUGGCUCCUCCCCCGCAAUAAACAUCCCGCUUUGAACGGUGAACUCUUUACGCCUAGCAGCUAUACAAAGCUAUAGAAACUAUAAAAAUGACAAAAUGACUCUAUUAAUGCAAGCUAUGUGGAAAAUGCGACGACUUUGGCUCAGCCCGGCUCCGCCUCUUCCGCUACGUAGCUAAGAUGGCUGCCGUUGAGUACGGAGAGUGUCCUUCGAUCCACACUUCACGAUUAGCCCAUUUUGAGUACGGCAUCCGGGUCCUGAAGUAUACUUCUUUUCGCCGGAUCUGAAUUGGAACGUACUGCGUACUCAAAUUUUGAGUACGCAGUACGGACAGUACGGGUAUUGGAACACGGCCCUGGUGUUAGUGAGGUUAGUUGAUCUGUGGUUAGUGAGGUUAGUGGAUCUGGGGUUAGUUGAUCUGUGGUUAGUGGAUCUGGGGUUAGUGAGGUUAGUUGAUCUGGGUUGAGUGAGGUUAGUUGAUCUGGGUUGAGUGAGGUAAGUAGAUCUCGGCUUAGUGAGGUGAGUUGAUCUGGGGUAUAGCACCUCAGAUCAACCCAUUUGAAAGACGCUUGCCUUAAAUAUUGCCUGGCCUUUAAGUUGAGUACUUGUAUAUUUCUGGGAUGGUUUCUAUAUCUGGAGACUAGCAGCGAGACAACGGUGACACACGUUUUCAUAAAUCAUCUUUCCUUCAUUCAUAUUUUUUUCUUCAAACCACUUAUCCUUAAUCUAGAUUAAUAUAAUGCGAGCGAAGAUUUCAUAAGAGCUGUUUGCAUGUUUUGUAAGGCAUUUUAUACAAAUAAAAACGUUUGUUAUUCCUAUAUUCACAUCCCCAUCUUUCUAAGUUUGGAGUUCAUGUAACAGUUACUGAACUGCAUUCUUUGAACAUGGAGCUGUGAAUUAUUUUGAGGAUUUUCAUAUCUAUCUUAAGAUUCCUGAAUACCUUAAGAGUCUUUAAUAUGUAGGAGGUACUUCAUAGUAUUGUUCUAAACAUAAUAUUUCAAAGAACCAUUUUAUAUUGCACAGAGUUGAAAAUCAAAAGCAUUCUGAAUAGGAUGUCAUUGCUUCAAUAAAAUACUUAAGCUUACUCUUAAGAAAAAGGCUUUGAGUGUUCUUGUCUAAUUAGUCUUAAGUCUAGCGGACUGAAAAGCUAAUUUUGGAAAUUACAGGAUAUUAUAUUCCAAGUUUAUUAAAGGAGUGCACGCAACUUUUUGUACUUUGUUUUAUUAACAAACUCUGAAGUGUCACAUCCAUAGUAACAUUUACAAAAGCACAAAAUAACCCCAGCACACUAUACACAGAUAGGAAGAAAGAGAUGAGCGACUGUUUGAUGUCUUCCUGCCCAAACAUCUUUUCAAUAACAAAAACAUGUUCAACACAACGAUAAAUGUGUGCAAAACGUUACAAACCAUCCCAUUGGUUGAUCACAAAGAGAUCCUAACGACUCAAUAAUGGAAUUAACCUUCGAAAUAACCUUCGAAUUAAAGAUCACAAUCAGCUGCAAAUCUCAUCAGGUUUUAUAUUUACAACCAGUGACUCCUACAAGGCUAGG